AUGUUUAGCAAAUUUCAUGGGUGUGGUAAAUAUUUGAAUCCCAGUCGCAAUUUGAAUGUUCAACAGAAAAGAAUUUUUAAAUGUAUUAAAAAAUUGAAAUACACAAAUACAAAGCCUAAGGCGAUAGAAUAUUUUACAAAACUUGAAAUCGCAACAUUGUUUUUUCAGCCCAUGGCAGUGAUUUUACUUUAUUUCGGUUUAUCUUGGAAAUUACUUCAGUACACCUGCGAUAUAUCCAGUCUAUCCGAGCUUUCAAAUUCACUUCUUUGGCUAAUAAACAAGGGGGUUCCCCCAAAACGAUAUAUUAGGGAUAACUGA